AUGUCUGACGCCGUCUCAGCCAACGACAUCUACGUGCGUUACUACGUCGGGCAUAAAGGAAAAUUCGGCCACGAAUUCCUGGAGUUCGAAUUCCGCCCCGACGGCCAGCUGCGGUACGCGAACAACUCGAACUACAAGAACGAUACAUGCAUCCGCAAGCAGGCUUACGUAAGCCCGGCCGUGCUCGCCGAGCUGAAGCGCAUUGUCGAGGACUCUGAAAUCAUGCAGGAAAUCGACGAGCAAUGGCCGGAGCCCGACAAAAUUGGCCGGCAAGAACUCGAAGUUCUGGUCAAUGGAGAGCACAUCGCCUUCACGACCGGAAAGCUUGGUUCCCUCGCGGAAGUCAACAACAGCAAGGACCCCGAGGGCCUGCGCUCGUUCUACUACCUGAUCCAAGACCUGAAGUGCCUUGUCUUUUCUCUCAUCGGGCUCCACUUCAAGAUCAAGCCAAUC